AUGGAUACCACCCGUUUCUCAACGUCCCCAAGCCAUGAUGCAGAUGGAAAAUCACCGCAUACUACCCAUGUCCGAAGAGGCGAUUUCGAUGAAUUCGACUGGCAGUACUCCGAUGCAGCUGCGAAGCCUAGCCCCGACCUCCACGUAACCAGCAUACAGGACAGCGCCGGAAGAGAUGCGUCCCAACACGAUACGAGCGUUGGCAGCAGUGACCUGGAGAAGAGAAGCCACGAAAAUCCGCGAUCCCAACUGUUUCUCGGGAAGCCGAUGAGUAUUGCGCAUGAGAUGGCUUUCUUUGCUGUGGUAUCCACAGCCAACUUUACGCCUCACUCCGGCUUCCACCAGACCCUCUGCAUCCUCCACAUCAUCGCCGCCGACAUCAACGCCACUGCGCCAGGCCAGCGCGUCUGGAUCAUGGCCGGGUACGGCCUCACAGUCGGCACCUUCAUCCUGCUCGCCGGCCGCCUGGGAGACGUAUACGGCUACAAGCGACUCUUCCUCAUCGGCAACGUCUGGUUCGCGGUCUUCUCUGUCCUCGCCGGCGCGGCAGCCUUUGCACCCCACGACGCCCGCUUCGCCGUCUUCCUGUUCGCGCGCGUGCUGCAGGGCGUCGGCCCCGCCCUGCUCAUCCCGAAUGCGGUGGCUCUCAUGGGCAUUACGUAUGUGCCGGGGCCGCGGAAGGCCAUGCUGUUUGCCAUCUUUGGAGCCAUGGCGCCGGCGAGUGCCAUCAUAUCGCCAGCGCUCACAGCGCUGGUGACGCAAUUGGCCUGGUGGCCCUAUGCGUUCUGGGGUCUGGCCCUGGUGUUGGUGGGCGUGACGGUCGCAGGCAUCUACGUCAUCCCCGAGGGCGUCGAGAGAGAAACACCAAGGAUCCGCCCAAGCGGCCUGCGUGCCCUCUGCGCCGAGCUCGACGUCCUGGGCGCCGCGACCGGCGUCACGGGCCUCGCCCUCAUCAGCGUGGCCUGGAACCAGGGCUCCCUCGCGGGCUGGCAACAGCCGUACGUGUCCGUGCUCCUGGGCCUCGGGCUCCUCCUCUGCGGCGCCUUCGUGCUCGUGGAGCGGCGCGCCGCCAAGCCGCUGAUCCCGCUCGAGGCGCUCAGCUCGGGCGUCGCUUUUGUAUUAGCCGCCGUCUUCUGCGGCUGGGGCUGUUUUGGUAUUUGGAUCUACUACGUCUGGGGCUUCUACGAGGUGCUGCGCGGCGCGUCGCCGCUGCUGGCCACGGCGUGGCACUCGCCCAUUUUCGUGUCGGGCAUCGCGGCCGCCAUCACGACCGGGUUUGUGAUUCACCGCGUCGGGCCCGCCGUCGUCAUGGCCAUCGCGCUGCUGGCGUUCACGGCUGGCUCGGUGCUGAUCGCGACCGCGCCCGUCGACCAGUCCUACUGGGCCCAGACCUUCCUGUGCAAUCUGGUCAUCACCUGGGGCAUGGACCUCAGCUUCCCGGCCGCGACGCUGAUGCUGUCCGACCUGGUCGCCGCGGAGCACCAGGGCAUCGCCGCGAGCCUGGUCACUACGGUGGUCAACUACAGUGGUGCGCUGGCGCUGGGCAUCGCGGGCACCGUCGAGUUUCACGUCAAUAAUGGCGGGACGACGCCGGGGGAUAUCCUGAGGGGGUAUAGGGGCGCUUGGUAUGUGGGCAUUGGGCUGGGUAUUGUUGGAUUGGUCGUCAGUCUCAUUUUUGCAUGGAAGUUCUCGAGGCGGCAGAAGGGGGGCGCUUGA